AGCAUCCCUGGCACAGCUGCUCCGCCAUUUUCAGCACCAUCAGAGCAACGGAGUGACGGCGCACUCCAUCCUCCUGUUUAUGCAUUUGGAUCCGCUUUUUCCUCCUCCUCCCCACCCUUGUCUCCCACUCCUGUCUCUCUGUCUGACGCACCGCUGUGUUCAGCCCACCCGGGACCGCUACUGCUGCUGAGGCUGAGGCAGACUCCCCUCUCCCCGUUUCCUCGGCGGAUUCUCCAUGUAUGGAUGCGCUGAGGGAAGUGAUGCUGUAGGUUACCGAAGACUGAGAGAAAACACGGACCACAGACGAAAUUCAAGAAAGAGCCACCGGAGGAACUCGACGCCUUUUUGGAUGGAUUCAUCCUGUGUGUUUUUGUCGAGACGGAGUUGCUGAGGUGCCUGGUGUGUGUCUAUAGCCAAACAGAUCUCCAGCUCUUCUGUUGACACACACACACACACACACACACACCACACACACACACACACACACACACACAAGCCCACCAGAGAGAUGGCGGGGGCUUCAGUGAAGGUGGCGGUGAGGGUCCGACCCUUUAACUCCAGGGAGAUUGGAAAGGACAGCAAAUGCAUCAUUCAGAUGUCAGGGAACACCACGACUAUCCUGAACCCAAAACAGCCAAAAGAAAACAAGAGCUUCAACUUUGACUUCUCAUACUGGUCACACACUACGCCUGAGGACAUCAACUAUGCGUCUCAGAUGCAGGUGUACAAGGACAUCGGAGAGGAGAUGCUGCUCCACGCCUUUGAAGGCUACAAUGUGUGCAUAUUUGCAUAUGGACAGACAGGAGCUGGCAAAAGCUACACCAUGAUGGGACGACAGGAACAAGACCAGCAGGGGAUUAUACCUCUGCUUUGUGAGGACCUUUUCACUAAGAUCAAUGACAGCAACAAUGACAACAGCAUGUCUUACUCUGUGGAGGUAAGCUACAUGGAGAUUUACUGUGAGCGUGUGCGUGACCUGCUGAACCCCAAGAACAAAGGAAACCUGCGUGUGCGAGAGCACCCACUGUUAGGACCGUACGUCGAAGAUCUGUCUAAGUUAGCAGUGACUUCGUACAAUGACAUUCAGGACCUGAUGGAUUCUGGAAACAAGGCCAGGACUGUGGCUGCCACCAACAUGAAUGAGACCAGCAGUCGCUCUCAUGCUGUAUUUAACAUCAUCUUCACACAGAAGAAACAUGACAUGGAGACAGACAACACUUCAGAAAAGGUCAGCAAGAUAAGUCUGGUAGACUUGGCCGGCAGUGAGAGAGCUGAUUCAACUGGAGCUAAAGGGACACGACUGAAGGAAGGUGCAAACAUAAAUAAAUCUCUUACCACACUUGGAAAAGUCAUUUCUGCUUUAGCUGAACUGGACUCUGCUCCAAAUAAGAACAAGAAAAAGAAGAAAGUGGAGAGUUUUAUUCCUUACAGAGAUUCAGUUCUGACUUGGCUCCUGAGGGAGAACUUAGGAGGAAACUCUCGCACAGCCAUGGUGGCAGCUCUCAGUCCUGCAGAUAUUAAUUAUGAUGAAACUCUAAGUACUCUUCGGUAUGCUGAUCGUGCCAAACAGAUCCGCUGCAACGCCGUGAUCAACGAGGAUCCCAACAACCGCCUGGUCCGCGAGCUGAAAGAGGAGGUUGCUCGCCUCAAAGACCUGCUGUAUGCACAGGGCCUGGGAGACAUCAUUGAGACGUAUCGAGGCACCCUUCCUGCCAUCACUGGUUUGAAAUAUCUGUGCGAUUACAAGAACUUUGUGAACAAUCGCCAGGCUGUCAAUCAAAGGGGUGAUCUCUCCACAGUGACCAACGCCAUGACAGGAAUGAGUCCCUCCCCCUCGCUCUCUGUCCUGUCCAGCCGGGCCGGCUCCAUCAGUAACCUUCACGACCGCAUCUUCAGCCCGGCCAGCGAGGAGGCCAUCGAAAGGCUCAAGGAAACAGAGAAAAUCAUUGCAGAGCUUAAUGAGACUUGGGAAGAGAAGCUGCGUCGUACUGAGGCAAUUCGCAUGGAGAGAGAGGCUCUGCUGGCUGAGAUGGGUGUUGCUAUGAGAGAAGAUGGGGGAACUGUUGGUGUCUUUUCUCCCAAGAAGACCCCUCAUCUGGUGAACCUCAACGAGGAUCCGCUAAUGUCUGAGUGUCUGCUCUACUACAUCAAAGAUGGCAUUACCAAGGUUGGUCGCGAAAACGCCAAAACUCGACAAGACAUCGUUCUUAGCGGCCACUUCAUUAAAGAUGAGCACUGUACCUUCAGCAGUACAACAGGCCCGCAGGGAGAAGGAUGUGUCAUCCUUGAGCCAUGUGAGGGGUCAGAGACAUAUGUCAAUGGGAAGAGAGUGACCUCGCCCACUGUUUUGCGAUCUGGGAACCGCAUCAUCAUGGGUAAAAGCCACGUGUUUCGCUUCAACGACCCGGAGCAGGCCCGCCUGGAGCGGGAGAGAACACCAUGUGCGGAGACACCGGUGGAGCCCGUGGACUGGGCCUUCGCUCAGAGGGAGCUGCUUGAGAAGCAAGGCAUAGACAUGAAGCAGGAGAUGGAGCAGAGGCUUCAGGAGCUUGAAGACCAAUACCGCAAAGAAAGAGAAGAAGCCAGUAACCUGCUUGAGCAGCAGAGGCUGGACUAUGAGAGUAAACUGGAGGCCCUUCAGAAACAAGUAGACUCUCGGUACCUGGAGUCACCUGAGGAAGAGGAGGAGCCUGAGGAGGAAGUGCCGUGGACGUUGCGUGAAACUGAACUGGCACUCUGGGCUUUCAGAAAGUGGCGGUUCUACCAGUUCACCUCCCUCAGGGAUCUGCUCUGGGGAAAUGCCAUCUUCCUCAAAGAGGCAAAUGCUAUUAGUGUGGAACUAAAGAAAAAGGUGCAGUUCCAAUUCGUCCUGCUGACAGACACUCUUUACUCUCCGCUCCCACCUGACCUGCUGCCUCCCAGUGUGGCUAAGGAACGAGAGAGGCGACCUUUCCCUCGAACAAUAGUAGCCGUUGAAGUGCAGGAUCAGAAGAAUGGAGCCACGCAUUACUGGACUUUGGAAAAGCUCAGGCAGAGGCUGGACCUGAUGAGAGAGAUGUAUGACAGAGCUGCAGAGCUGCCCAGCAGCACUGUGGACGACUGCGACCACGCCUUGACCGGAGGGGACCCCUUCUACGACCGCUUCCCCUGGUUCCGUCUGGUUGGCAGGGCUUUCGUGUACCUGAGUAAUCUGCUGUAUCCGGUGCCUCUGGUGCACCGCGUGGCCAUCGUCAGUGAGAAGGGAGAGGUCAAAGGUUUCCUCAGGGUGGCGGUCCAGGCCAUAUCAGCUGAUGAGGAGGCCCCUGAUUAUGGAUCUGGAGUGAGGCAGUCAGGCACUGCCAAGAUCUCCUUUGAAGACAACCAAUUUGAGAAGUUUCAGAGUGAGUCGUGUCCUGGAGGUUUGCCACAUUCCAACACCUCCCAAGAGGAGCUCAGAAUCGUGGAGGGAGAAGGACAAAACGUCGAGAUAGGAAUCUCAGCGGAUGAGGUUAACAACAACACCUGUGCAGCCACUCAGGAGCCUCCUUACAGCCCUGUGAAGAGUUUAGGUCUGGGUCUGGACCUUCCACUGGAGCUGUCUCCAGAAAAAGCUCUGUCACACCUGAAGAUCGGCAGCACCUUCACCUUCAGAGUCACCGUCCUUCAGGCCUCCAGCAUCUCAGCAGAAUACGCCGACAUUUUCUGCCAGUUUAACUUCAUCCAUCGUCACGAUGAAGCUUUUUCAACUGAGCCACUGAAAAACACGGGCAGAGGGCCUCCGCUCGGAUUCUAUCAUGUACAAAAUAUCAAGGUGGAAGUGACCAAGUCAUUCUUGGAGUACAUUAAGACUCAGCCCAUCGUCUUUGAGGUGUUCGGACACUAUCAGAAACAGCCUUUCCCUCCAUUAUGCAAAGAUUUGAUCAGUCCUCUGAGACCCUCCAGGAGGCAGUUUCCGCGGGUGAUGCCAUUAUCCAAACCAGUGCCAGCCACAAAGCUCAGCACGCUGACUCGCUCCACUGCUGGACCUUGUCAUGCCAAAUAUGACCUCAUGGUCUUCUUUGAGAUCUGUGAGCUGGAGGCUAAUGGAGACUACAUCCCAGCUGUUGUUGACCACAGAGGCGGCAUGCCGUGCCAUGGGACUUUCCUUUUACAUCAGGGCAUACAGAGAAGGAUCAGAGUUACCAUUGCUCAUGAAACAGGAAACGAUAUCGAGUGGAAGGAGGUGAAGGAGCUUGUUAUCGGUCGCAUUCGAAACACACCAGAGGCUGAUGAGACCAUCAUUGACCCCAACAUCCUUUCCCUCAACAUUCUCUCCUCUGGAUAUUUCUGGCCAAAACGUGAUGACAACGUUUCAUUGGGCGUUGAUCAUAGGACCUUCUAUCGAUUUGAGGCGGCAUGGGACAGCUCCAUGCACAACUCUCUGCUUCUGAACAGAGUCACUCCAUACGGAGAGAAGAUCUACAUCACUCUCUCAGCUUACCUGGAGAUGGAGAACUGCACUCAGCCGACAGUUAUCACCAAAGAUUUCUGCGUGGUGUUUUACUCCCGUGACACAAAGCUUCCAGCCUCCCGAUCCAUCAGGAACUUCUUCAGCACCGGCUGCCUCAGGCCCUCAGAGAGUAAUCGUGUCACCGGAGUUUAUGAGGUCACUCUCUGCCACGUUGCAGACAACGGAAGUCCAGGAAUGCAGCGUCGUCGCAGGCGUGUUCUUGACACCUCUGUGGCAUACGUGCGAGGAGAGGAGAACCUGGCGGGUUGGAGACCCCGCAGCGACAGCCUCAUCCUUGACCACCAGUGGGAGCUGGAGAAGCUCAGCUUACUGCAAGAGGUGGAGAAAACCAGGCAUUACCUCCUGCUGAGGGAAAAGCUCGAGGCAACUCUCCAGGCAGGGCAGGACGCACUUUACAAGAGCAGCGACAUUUGUGACUUUGCAAAGAGCCCCGUCCUCAGCAGCAGUCCGAGCAGCAGCCCCGCUCCUGACAGCCCCAACCAGAGGCAGAGGGAGCUAGCUGCUAAGUGUCUGCGCCUGCUGAUGCACACAUUCAACAGAGAGUACAGCCAGGUGAGCAGCAGUGCCAGUGAAAGCAAGCUUUCAGAAAUGACUGCGUCACUCAUGAGGGACUCGUCCUCCUCUGGCCUGAGCACACUUACUCCCUCCUCUACUUGCCCCUCAUUGGUCGAUGGCCAUUUUGACAUCCGGCUCACUGAACCGAGCUCAGGAGCAUCGACACCGGACCUGGACCCGUUCAGCCCAGUGGACAGAAAGAAAGCUCUGAGAGGAUACACCUUUGUUCCUGACAUACAAGAGAUUCGCGUCAGCCCCAUCGUGUCAAAGAAGGGCUACCUGCAUUUCUUGGAGCCCCACAGCAGUGGCUGGGUGAGGCGUUAUGUGGUCGUGCGCAGACCCUACGUCUACCUGUACCGCAGCGAGAGGGACAAUGUGGAGAGGGCUGUCAUCAACCUGUCCUCAGCUAAAGUGGAAUACAGUGAAGAUAAACAGACAUUACUGCGGACUCCUAACACAUUUGCGGUGUGCACUGAGCAUCGUGGGAUACUGCUGCAGGCCGCCAACGACAAAGAGAUGCAUGACUGGCUGUACGCCUUUAACCCUCUGUUAGCUGGUACCAUCAGGUCCAAGCUCUCCAGGAGAAAGUCAGUCCAGUCGCUCCCGGCUGCUCAGCGGAUCUAACAGGUGAACCAGCCUUGAGGAACAACAGCAAAAGAACAAACAAUCUCAAAAGCUCAUGUCAGCAUCCUCCUCUAAUAAACACAAACCUUACAGCAAAUGUUUCCAUAGAUACCAUAUGGUGACCAGCCCUGUCUCAAGAAUAACUCGAUUACUCUGUUGAGAACCCAACCUUGGUCUGUUUUUGCAGUCGCCUCCUCCAACCUUGCAUGAUAUGCUCCCUUUUGACCUCUAGAAGAGUUUACAAGGAAAACUAACAACGCAAACCUGAUUAUUAACUUUUUUCUGAUGGACGUUUGGGGCUUGUUCUGAGUAGUUUUAAUGUACUUGUAGGAAUAGGUUAUCUGUAAGACUACCCGUUUCCUGUAAAAAGAUAUGUGGCCAGUUCCUCUUUUAUGAUUACUAAAAAUAGGUCCUUGUAGUAAACCAGACAUUUACCACUUACUGCAUCAGAAAGGCAAAAGGAAAGCAUCAGCCUGAAUUCUUCUCUACGUAGACCUGUGUACAGUGCGGGGAUGAUAGCUUCAUAUACGUCAUACAUUUACUGUAAAAUACCUCAGUUUGGAUCUGCUUGACGCAGCAUGAAAUUCUUCACUGCAAAAACAUCAGAUGGCAAAGAGGAAAACUACUGUUCCUCAUCAUUUUAGCUCAAAAGUAGCAUGAGAAGGUAUCUGAAAGGACGAGGGGAUGUUCUUCCUGUGUGGUCUCAUUAAAUAGUUUUGUGAAAACUGGAUUCAUUGGCUCAACUAAGGCAAAAAUAAUUCACUAUAAGGAGAGAUAACUUUUGUCCUUGCCUGGCAUUUUGGUAUGUCUUUGUUUAUUUCAAGCUAUUGUAUACUGUAUUUUCUGCACUGUUAUUUAAUUGUGACAAGACCACUGUUUGGUUGCAUGGCACUUUAUAGUCUUUAUUGAACUAAUGCAUUUUUUACUGUUUUUUUUUUUUAACCAAAGCACCGUUCUGUGUCAUAUUCUAUUGCUUGUAUGUGUCAGCCGGUACAUUACUUUACAAUGCACUUUCUGUGUUGAAAAUUUCACUUUUAUUUACUAAUGCAAAGAAAAUUGAUUUAAAGAUAAAUAUCACCCUGAGGCUUACAAAGAAAAUAAUAAACCAAAUCAGGAUUGUCAUUUCCCUGAACAAAGAUUAUCACAGUCUAAACUUCAUAAAAUGUGGUUUUGGCACUUGUGAAGAUAAGUAAGCAACAAAGAUUUUCUUAUGUUUUAAGGUUUUUUUUUAUUUAUUUCCAAGCUCGUUAUCUUUUUAUUAAAACUUCAUAUGUAAUAAGAGAAAAAAAUAACUCAGUUUGCCCUUUUACAUGGGUAAGUUCACAUGCUGAUGCUCACAGAGGUUCCCUCUUUAGGGAACACUGACCUCAUGAUUUCCAGUUUCUAUUUUACCUACAAAUAAGUAUCCAUAAACUGAGUAAAGCACUUAUUUUCUCAAUUAGAGCUGCAACACAGACUAAAAUGACAUACUUUGGUGUAAAAACUUGGACCUUUGAUUGGUUUAGAGUGCGUUGCACCGUGUAGUGCCUCCUUUUCUUCACCCCAUUCUCUCUACUUCUUCCCUCUCAACUUUAAAUAGCGAUGCUGAAGUUAAUUACAAGUGAUAAAAAAAAUCUUUCUUUUUUCAUGAUUUAUGUCAAUGUUUUGGGGGUAAAUAUUAUCAAAGAAUCCCUAAGCACUGUAAAAGUUUUGCUUUUAUAGGUAGACUUGUUAGCUUUUGAACAACAUUAUAGAUUCCAUACUUUUAAUCUAUUGUAUAUGGAGACUUGUGGCAGAAUGUGGGGCAGUAUGAUUAGCUGUGUAUAGCUAUGAACUUCAGGUCCAGUGAUUCUUUACUGCUGACGAUACCUUCCUGUAUUUUACCAAGAUGGCCCAAAAUAUUACUUUGACUGUGUCAGUGAAGGACAGAUUUAUAUGUAAGGGAAAGCAUAAUAAAGCAUCUUUCUGAAUAAAGCUCUGGUCAGCCAGCCAGUCAUCCAUUUCAUUGUAGUUCUUGGUUUCCUUUUGUCCUGCCAGGACCAGAUUGUGGGUAAACUUGACUUAUAGUCAGCAAACAAGUGAGUCUGUGUGCCACAGGUCAACCAACCUGUUGAGCAAUGCAGCCUAACACUGUGAAAGCUGUCUGCCUGUUUUAUAAUAUCACAUGGUGGCACUGGACAAACAUACUGUGUGGCAUUUAAUAUUUGGGACAUCUUGGUAUAAUCAUUCUGUAUGUUUUUCUACAUGUUAUCUGGUGAUAGAUGGAACUGAUGCGAAGUUUUAUUUAAUAAAAUUGUAUGGACAGAAUGUUUGUUAGACCUGUUUUGCACUUGUGCACAAUGCAUCUUUAUUAAUUUUAUUGUUAUUAAUAUAUUUUUAAUUGAAAACCACGAUUUGAUUUCAAUUCUGUUGUGGUCAUAAUAUAAAAAAAAAAGAUUAAAACUCUCCUUGCUUCCACAGACAAAGCACGGCCACAGUUCAAACAACCAUUUAUAUUUCAAGCAGGCAGUUUGCUUUGCUUCAAGUCCAAAAAGUGCAAGACUUUCAUGUAAAAAGUUCUGAGAUUGAAGCAGUAAUUGUUUAAAUGACAUAUGAGUUGAUUGUUUAUUAUCUAGCUUGCUUUAUCUGUCACAGUUGAGGAUCAAAGCAUGCUGGUCCUCUUUUCUUCAUUGGAUCUUGUCCUUCUCUCCUGCCUUACAGCUUGCUAAUGACAACAGCUUUCCACUCCCGAAGUGCUGCUUGUAAAGUAUUGUCAUUCAUGAUCCCUGUAACAAUUAACUGGAAACCUUCCUCUUGGCUCUGUCUUGUAUAUAAAUUGAGAUUUCCGUGUUGGGUCUUAUCACACAGAUGGUAUUAACUCCUUUUUUCCUCUGUGUCUCAUCAAAUUGUCUCCUGCUUUGUCAAGUGUCCCGGCAGAGUGAGGAAUAGUGAUGAGGGGUUUGUUUUGUACCUGUUUGCUCAGUGUGGAUGAGGUCUUCGUGUUAAAAGUGGGGGAUGGUUCAGGAUUUUUACUCUUGCUCGGAGUCACUUGACAGAAGCAGGUCUCAGCCUAAACACAGUGCUCACGUUUAUCUUUUGAGUGUUCUGGGGUUCUUUCUCAUGUCUGUGAACACAUAAUGGCAAUUGUCAAAGAAAUAAAAUAAGGCAAACAAAUAAAUAAAUGAGUGUUGAAACUUA